GGAUUUAUCCCAAACUUUAUGUAAAAUUUACAGGGGCAUAUGCCCGCAGAGCAGAGAGCGACAUUACAGAAACCUCUGAUAUUUGAGGGAAAUUAUAACCGAGUUGAUCCGUUGAGAGACUUUGAGGAAGAAUGAAACGUUUCUUUAAACCGAUAGAGAAGGAAGGGUCUUCAAAGAAGCCCUCUCUUUCACCUUCUGAAAAGGACGACGGUGCGAACAGAGAAAUUUCCGGCGAGGAAAAGAGAGAGCCGUUGAAGUUCUUGACCUGGAAUGCCAAUAGCUUUCUUCUCCGAGUCAAGAACGACUGGCCUGAGCUCACCAAGUUCGUGAUAAGUUUUGACCCUGAUGUCAUUGCAAUACAGGAAGUAAGGGUGCCUGCAGCUGGUUCAAAGGGUGCACCUAAAAAUCCAGGAGAAUUAAAAGAUGAUACAAGCUCAUCACGUGAAGAAAAACAGAUUUUGAUGCGUGCCCUUUCAAGUCCGCCCUUUGCAAAUUAUCGUGUUUGGUGGUCUCUUGCAGAUUCAAAGUAUGCGGGAACUGCACUUUUUGUAAAGAAGUGUUUCCAACCAAAAAAUGUGUUUUUUAAUCUUGACAAAUCAGCUUUAAAGCAUGAGCCAGAUGGCCGGGUCAUUUUAGCUGAAUUCGAGACAUUCCGCUUAUUGAAUACAUAUGCACCAAACAACGGUUGGAAAGAGGAGGAAAAUUCAUUUAUAAGGAGAAGAAAAUGGGAUAAAAGGAUAUUGAACUUUGUUCUUCAAUCUUCAGAUAAGCCUCUUGUAUGGUGUGGUGAUCUGAAUGUUAGCCAUGAAGAGAUUGAUGUGAGUCAUCCAGAAUUUUUCAGUGCAGCAAAGCAAAAUGGUUAUGUUCCUCCAAAUAAAGAGGAUUGUGGCCAGCCUGGAUUUACCUUAUCUGAAAGGAAGCGUUUUGGUACCAUAUUGAAAGAGGGAAAGUUAAUUGAUGCGUACAGAUUCUUACACAAGGAGAAGGACAUGGAGUGUGGCUUCUCAUGGUCUGGGCAUCCCAUUGGGAAGUAUCGUGGAAAAAGGAUGAGGAUAGACUAUUUUGUAGUUUCAGAGAAACUCAAAGAUAGGAUUGUUGCUUGUGAGAUGCAUGGGAAAGGGAUUGAAUUACAAGGUUUUUACGGAAGCGAUCAUUGCCCCAUUACGUUUGAGCUUUCCCAAGCAUGUCCCAGCUCCAAGCAUGGCGAAGUUUCCGUAUAGAAGUUCGUACGCAUUCCUUUCUAAAGAUGUUGUCUUGGUGAAUGGAUCAAAUGGAAACCUCUGAGGUAGUUUUUUGUGAUGCUUCUCUUAUAUUUGUAGCUAAGGACCAACUAGAGAUGCACAUGGCAGCUAUUAUCAUUAAUUGGGAUUGCUGGUUUUACUGGGUUAAUAUGAUCAAAGUGGAACUUGGUCCA